CAGCGGCCUGCUGAAGCCCUCAGGAACGCCUCCUCCGUACCUCCCUGGGCGCCGCUUUAACCACCAAAGACGUCCCCACCGCCCUCAGGGACCCCGAGUUUCGAAAGCCUUUGCUCACCAACCUGCAUUUCCCCGUGAGAGUCACCUUUCCCCGGUUGGCAGGUGAACGGAAGGCCACUUGGGUACCUGGCAAGAACCCUUAGAGAAGCCAGGACACCAGGCCCUGAGCUGGGCCUCCACGUGCCCCCGAGCCUCCAGCUCAGGCUCUACAGCCCCCCCCAGUGCCUCCCGGUGUCCGCCCUGGUCCCUGGGGGCCCGGAGGCCUCGGCCUCCCUGACGGGGCCAGGGUGGGCCUUCAGAGCGGACAGCCUGGGAGGACAGCCUGGGAGGAGCGGCACCUCGGCCCCCGCAGCCCCUCCCUCCCAGUGCAGACGGUGCUAAAAAUACCCUCUGUCCGUGCCCACGUGGGGCCCAGCCCAGCCCAGGCCAGCCCAGCAGGCCCUCCGUGGCCUGAGUUCUCAGAGGUCCAGGGGCCGACGGAGAGGACCAGGGCGCAGGUGGGCGGCAGGGCCCCACGCCGGCGGCGGCCGCAGCCAUGGUGCGCACCGUGGACGACCUGGACUUCCACCUGCCCUCGCACGCCCAGGACAUGCUGGACGGCCUGCAGCGGCUGCGCUCUCAGCCCAAGCUGGCCGACGUCACGCUGCUGGUGGGUGGCCGCGAGCUGCCCUGCCACCGCGGCCUCCUGGCGCUGAGCAGCCCCUACUUCCACGCCAUGUUCGCGGGCGACUUUGCCGAGAGUUUCUCGGCGCGCGUGGAGCUGCGGGACGUGGAGCCGGCCGUGGUGGGGCAGCUGGUGGACUUCGUGUACACGGGCCGGCUGACCAUCACGCAGGGCAACGUGGAGGCCCUGACGCGCACGGCCGCACGCCUCCACUUCCCGGCCGUGCAGAAGGUCUGCGGCCGCUACCUGCAGCAGCAGCUGGACGCCACCAACUGCCUGGGCAUCUGCGAGUUCGGGGAGCAGCAGGGGCUGCUGGGUGUGGCUGCCAAGGCCUGGGCCUUCCUGCGGGAGAACUUUGAGGCCGUGGCGCAGGAGGACGAGUUCCUGGAGCUGCCCCAGGACCGGCUGGCCACCUGCCUGGCCAGCGAGCUGCUGCAGGUGCAGCCGGAGCAGAGCCGGCUGGAGGCCCUGCUGCGCUGGGUGCGCCACGACCCCCGGGGCCGGGCCGCCCACCUCCCCGAGCUGCUCAGCCUGGUGCGCCUGGAAGCCGUGCCCAGGGCCUGUGUGCAGCAGCUGCUGGCCACGGAGCCGCUGAUCCAGGAGUCAGAGGCGUGCCGGGCGGCCCUGUCCCAGGGCCACGAUGAGGCGCUGCUGGUCCUCCCGCAGAAGCUGGACGAGGUCCUAGUGGUGGUAGGCGGGCGGGCGCUGGAGGAGGACGAGGAGGGCGCCGAGGAGCCCACCCCUCACCCCAGAAACUUCGCCUUCUACAACACCAAGGCCAAGAGGUGGAUGGCGCUCCCCGACUUCCCCGACUACCACAAGUGGGGCUUCUCCCUGGCAGCGCUCAACAACACCGUCUACGUCACAGGGGGCUCCCGGGGCAGCAAGACGGACAGCUGGUCAACCACCCAGGCCUGGUGCUUCCCCCUGAAGGAGGCCGCCUGGAAGCCGGUGGCACCCAUGCUGAAGGCCCGCACCAACCACGCCAGCGCCGCGCUCAACGGGGAGAUCUAUGCCAUCGGAGGCACCACUCUGGACGUGGUGGAGGUGGAGACCUAUGACCCCUACACAGACACCUGGACGCCCGCCAGCCCCGCCCUCAAGUAUGUCAGCAACUUCUCUGCGGCCAGCUGCCGGGCCAGGCUGUACCUGGUGGGCUCCAGCGCCUGCAAGUACAACGCGCUGGCUCUGCAAUGCUACAACCCUGUCACAGAUGCAUGGAGCGUGAUCGCCUCGCCCUUCCUCCCCAAGUACCUGUCGUCGCCGCGCUGUGCCGCGCUGCAGGGAGCACUCUACCUGGUUGGCGAUAACACCAAGAAGGUCUACGUGUAUGACCCCGGGGCCAACCUGUGGCAGAAGGUGCAGUCGCUGCACAGCCUGCACGAGAACGGCGCGCUGGUGCCGCUGGGCGACGCGCUGUACGUGACGGGCGGCCGCUGGCAGGGCAUGGACGGCGACUACCACGUGGAGAUGGAAGCCUACGACCCCGGGCGCGACGCCUGGACCCGCCACGGCUCCCUGCCGCGCCUCUGGCUCUACCACGGGGCCUGCACCGUCUUCCUGGACGUGUCCAGGUGGACGCAGCCCUUCGGCCCGGCCCAGGAGCACUGAGCGGGGGCCCGGCUGCUCCCCGACCCGUGUCUGGUCGGGCUGGGCCCGGCCCCCGGGGACGCCAGGGAAGCCGCCCGGGUGCCCACAGCCACCGCGCUCACCGCGCCGCGAGGCUCGGGCUCCGGCCCAGGCCCUCUGACGUCAGGCAGGAGCCCAGGGGCCGGGCCGAGCGCUGCAGGACCCUGCGCUCUCCAAUGGUGGCCGUCCCCGGCGUGUGUCCCCUCGGGGCUCCUGAAGGACUUGCAGCACACAGCCAAGGUCCCGGGGUGCGCCGGCCCGGGCCCCUGGGCCUGCCUGGUCCACAGCUGUGUGACCCCUCAGGCUGCACGUCCCCAGGCCCCAGGAAGGGAGGAGGCGGGGCGGGGCCAGGAGAGGGGGCGCUGCCUAUGUGGGGGUUGAGGGGACCCAGGGUGAGCAGAGGGGGUGCUCCCCGGCCAGGAGUUCCCCUGCUUCUCCAAGGCGACAGUGGAAGUGCCCAGCGCAGGCCCUCGAGGGGAGCGGAGGGGGUCCUGCUGCGGCUUCUGGGGAGGCCUCUUGUUGGUGCUUCGCUCCCCGUGGCCACCUAAGCGAGGGGUGCGCCCAGGGGGCUCCUCCUGCCAGCACGCGGCGGGACUCUGGGUGCCUCGCGUCUGCCCCAGAGCCCCCGAGUCUGACUGGGGUCCCACGUGGACCCGGUUCAGCGCCCCUGCUCCUUCUCAGGGUCCGUAACGAGGCCUCCCACCGAGGGGCUCUCACUGGCUGCUGCGAGCUGCGUCAGGGACACGGGCUCCAGUCGGGGGUCCUAGGUCCAGCCUGCCUCCGGCCCUGGCCCUGCUUGUGCUCGGGACCUCCCCGUCCCUCUGGACUGAGUUUCCUCUCUUGAAGGCUCUUCUUCGAAGCCUCCUGGGGACCAGAGUGCAGGCUGACAUCCUGCAUUCUGAGGAAGGAGUCCCUGGGUCCCUCCACAGCCACCUUGUCACAGACCUGCCUCCUUUUGCCCCUUUCUUGUGGGAGAAUUGAAUUUGCCUCCCCCUCCCACCCCCCAGGGCCUAGAGCAGGGCCUCCCGGGGGGCUGCUUCCAAAGGAGCAAGAGCCCCAGAUCUGAGGCCGCCUGGUCAGCGGGUGGAGUGGAUGAAAAUGAAGGUGAUGGUUCCCGGGAUCCUCGAAUCUUUCCGUCCGGACAUCUGCAACGUUUGCUAAACAGUUAUUGAAGGGACUCGGCCAAAUACCGUUUCAAAAGAC